AGUAGAAGUAGUAGACAAUGAAGUGAUUCGCACUGCGUGCAGACUGAUCUGAGACUGAUCUCCCUUUUCCAAGAUGGCGGCGUCCAUAGUUUGUGUUCCUGGACAACGAUUGUCACGAGCUGAUGAUACUCAUGUGGCAGGGGAAGGAACAUAUGUCCGUGGUGGCUUCAUCUAUUCAAGUUUAGUUGGCUGGCUCAAUGAGCUAAAGACAGAGGAACAAAAGGUAACCUUGACAGUACAGACAGAGGACAGUUGUACAGUUAUUCCAACUAUUGAUGCUGUUGUGACUGCAAGGGUGACCAAUGUCAACCCAAGGUUUUGCAAAUGUGCUAUUCUCAGUGUUGGGACCUCACCUUUACGGGAUGUGUUUAGGGGUAUGAUAAGAAAGGAAGAUGUAAGAGCCACUGAAAAAGACAGGGUGGAGAUGCAUAAAUGUUACAGACCGGGAGAUAUUAUCACAGCAAGAGUUUUGUCUCUUGGUGAUGCUCAGUCUUAUCUUUUGACAACUGCAGAGAAUGAGCUCGGUGUUGCAAUGGCCACGAGUGAAGCAGGUGUUAACAUGGUGCCUGUCAGCUGGUGCAAGAUGCAGUGUCCAAAAACCUUGAACGAAGAAUUCCGCAAAGUUGCCAAAGUCCAGCCAGAGUACAUCGAGUAUGUGCGUUCUUGAUAUGGUGUUUUUGAACAGUUCUUCAGUUACUUGCAUUGGUUUUGUAAAUAUACAUUCAUCUGAACUGACUAUAUUAAUAAAGAUGUUUCUGUACUAUUUCAAAA